UUCACUUUGAUUUCAAAUCAUAUCAGAAAACAAAAACAAAAUGGCCUUAAAUUACUAUUCUGCCACUGGCGCUAUAUUUUUGCUCUUCAUCUUCUUCCUCUCGACUUCAAUGGCUGCUUUAGUUAAAGAACAGCCCCUUGUGUUGAAAUACCACAGAGGGCCUCUUCUUAAGGGCACCAUCACCGUUAAUCUUAUCUGGUAUGGAAAGUUCACACCCGUCCAACGCUCCAUAAUAGUUGAUUAUCUGCAAUCCAUCAACUCUUUAAAGGCUCCACUGCCUUCUGUUUCAACAUGGUGGAAAACUACUGAGAAAUACAAGAGUGGUACGCUUGGUUCAUCAAAGCUCGUCGUAGGGAAACAAAUCCUGGACGAAAAUUAUUCCUUAGGGAAGUCUCUCAAGAAUUCCCAUAUAAUUUUCUUGGCGGCUAAGGGCGGGCAUUUAAGCGGGUCGGUUAAUGUUGUUUUGACGGCGAAGGAGGUUUCCGUUGUUGGGUUUUGCAUGAAUCGGUGCGGUGGACAUGGAUCGACCCGUGGACCGACUCGGUUCGCAUAUGCAUGGGUUGGGAAUUCGGAGACACAGUGCCCGGGUUACUGUGCAUGGCCGUUUCACCAACCAGUUUAUGGGCCUCAAACGCCGUCGCUGGUAGCGCCGAACGGCGACGUAGGAGUCGACGGUAUGGUGAUUAAUUUGGCUACUGUUUUGGCGGGUACAGUGACGAACCCGUUUAAUAACGGGUAUUUCCAGGGCCCGCCAACGGCGCCAUUAGAGGCAGUGACGGCUUGCACAGGCGUUUUCGGGUCAGGCGCGUACCCGGGUUACGCCGGCAAUGUUUUGACCGAUAAGACCACUGGAGCUAGCUACAAUGCGCAUGGGGUGAAUGGCCGGAAGUACUUGCUCCCGGCGAUGUGGGAUCCACAAACAUCUAAAUGUUCAACACUUGUUUGAUAUAUGCGAGGAAAGGUUCAGUGUGUGCACAUGUACGGUUGUAAAUAUGCAGAUGCAAAUGGGGUUUUCACCUUUAUGGAAGGUUUGUAUUUGGAAAUUUGGUUGGGGGUGGGGGUCAAUUUGUAUUAAGUUUAAACUUUAAAUUCUCUUUUCACAUGAAAAAUCUUGGAAAACAAAAAAAUGUAAUACUUAAUUUAAUAAUGGAAAAGUAGUAAGAGUGUGUUUGAGCUGAUUUUUGGGGAAAAUCUCAAUUUUUUAUUCAAAAUUGUGGGACCUGAUCAGUAAUUUAA